UUUUCGACGUGCUUUUCUUGCUGUGACCAGAAGAGGCAGCAUUGUAGUUCCGUUGCAUCCAAUUCUGCUAAAUUUAAACGAAGAAGAAGAAACCGGAAGCAAACACAGCAGUCACCCUGCUGUGAGAAGCAUGAUUGAACGACUUUGAAUAACAGUGAGUAAAAUGCAUAUUAACAACAAACAUAUAUGGAGAUUUUGCUCAGUUACAUGAACGUUAUUUUGUAUUUUGUGUAUUUAAGCUUCAGUUGUUCUCUCUGACUCAUUAUCAUCUGCCAGUGUGUUCAGGACAACUUGUUCAGAUCAAUGCAAAUGACACAGACAGAUUAACGAUUCACAUGAAUGUUUCUGCAACUUUUGUCGGUGUGACAAUAACUUGCUUUAAAGGUCAACUCCAAACUCCUAUAUAAAGCUAACAAUUAAAUAGAAGCAUGGAAAUUCAAACCUUAUGUGCAUCUCAGUGCUUUUACUGUUUUAUGUGGGAAAAAAAACUAAAAAGGGUCACUGGUUAAUUCGGUAUAGUUAAUGGUAAACUUUAAGCCCAGGUGAGCUUUUUGCAGUUAUCUCAGUGUGUUUUGUUUUGUUUUUUUCCCUUAAGGACAGGUGUUACGGUUAAACUAGCGACCCUACUUAGUGGCGAAUACGCCUUUGGAGUGUCUGUCGUUGUCAUCGUUACAGCCGAUUUUAAAAGUAAGAGGAUACUGUGAGGACACCCUUACACAAACGAGACAUUGUGGACAUAUCUGAUAAGAAUAUUUUAAAUCAUAACUAACCAAAGAAGAAGGCAGUCGCUCAGUACGUAUUGGUACGUACUCUCCAGGUCAAACUGCGAUUACCAAGACAACCGGAAACGUAGCCGCGUUCUGUCCAAUGUCACCGGGUAACAUGGUCACAAAUUAAACCGAAACACUGUUUAACCAGCACAGUUAAAACACAUACAGGUGUAAAACGCCUCAUAGUAGGCCCAAGCGUACGUGUGGUGUAUCCUAAGGGCACUAUAAACCCUUAAGUAUUAAAAUGCAGUCUUACUUUUGAUGUAUUGCAAGUGAACAGUGAAUGGAAGGUAAGGCAAACUCGAACUAGAAAGAUGCCUUGGUCAACCUCGUCAAAACUUCUGUUAAGUCUGGCUUUAUUUUAAACUGAUUGAAAUUUAUGUUGAUGCAUUUUUAUGACCUAUGAAAUGCAAGCAAUACCACCAUUAAAUUGAUGCUUAAAGAUUUUCAUUUAUCUUCCAGUUUAAAGCCCACAUUGCAAAUAUUACCUGCUAGAAAACCUUUGACAACUUUGUAUUUUAAAGAAACUUUGCACUUAUAUGCGUUCAUGGUAAAAUCUAUGAUAAAAUGACCUGUUAAAUCUAGUCUUUAAAUUUUCAUUUCCUCUCUCUUUUUAUCCAGGACAUGUCUCUAGGUUGUGUGAGAUGGGUGCUCAGCCGCACAGUGAGAUCAGUGUGUGCUAGUAGCCCUGCCUACAGGACACCAACAUUAAGACUUACCAUAUGCAGUGAACGAUAUAACAUCGCUGCAUCCUCCUGGAGAUGUUCUACACUCUGCAUGGCUGUCGACGACACAGAACAGACUCCUGCACCAAAGAAAAAAAGAGCGAAUGCCCAAAUCUCCUCUGUUGGUCGCAAGAUCCCUCAUCGACAGAUACAGGUGAUCAGUGAUACAGGGGAGAAUAUGGGCACCAUGCACCGUGCAGAUGUGAUCAGAAUAAUGGAUGAUAAGGGUCUCAAACUGGUGCUGCUCAGUGAUCAGGAAGAUCCUCCUGUCUACAGGCUGAUGAGCGGCAAACAGAUCCAUGAAGAGCAGCUUAAGCAGCGGGAGAAACAGAAGGGAAAAGCAGGUGUGUGGUCAAUAAAUCAAUGACCCUCUUUAGACAUUUGUUUCUUUCAGAGGUUCUCAGCGUGUGGUCCAGGGUUCCUUUUGGGGUCACAAGCUGACUACCACGCUUGUUGAACAAAAACAUUCAAUCUUGUUCUUGCUAAAUGUUAGCGUUGUGAUGCUGGCAAAGUGGACAGUAAGACCAAGGCUUUCAUGUUCUUUGCAAUUAAAAUGAUAAAAGAAGAUACUAGAAAAGCACUCAGAGAGCACAGACCUCCGCCAAGCAGCUCAUGUCCCCCCUUAUAUUGUGAUUCACACCAAAGCUUUUACUGUUACGUGUCUUUUAUUAACUUUUAUUUGUGUUUAAACUGGUGUGUUCACUGUUCAUAAAUCAUAAAACCCAGAUUCGAACACAGGACCUUCUUUCUGUGAGGCGACAGUGCUAACCACUACACCACUGUGCCACCUAUCUACAUCACUGUGCCGCCCAUUGGUUAUCUUUCAGCAUUGAAAAUUCCAACGACACCCUUAUUUUUGUGUUCUGGAUCACAGUAUCCAGAAUUUUGUCUAGAUCAGGAUUAACCUUUGACACCUCAUAAAACUCAUUGAGAUCCUUUUGUGUAUUUUUUUACUAAAGACUCUGGCCAUUUUUAUAGAGUUAAAUGCAAAAAUUCCAAAAUUUGCCCUAUCUCACAAUGAUAAAGAAUCCUUAAAAAAAAUCCUGGAUCCAGAAGGCGAUCCAGAUCAGCACCAAAAUGUAAUGGGAUCAUCCUGGGGCUGAGACGCACCUCUGGUAAAAAUUUCAGGUCAAUUCGUCUGUAACUUUCUCCGUAAAGUUGUUCACAGUCAAACAAAAAAACAAACCAACCAACAAACCAACGCUACCAAAAACAUAACCUCCUUGGCGGAGGUAAAUAUUUCUGAAGACAUCUCCACCAGACCUUGAAAUAUUCAGGUGUUUGGUUAAGCAAAAGCUGGAAUAGCGGUUGAAUUUUUAGAAGCAUUUGUGUUUCUGUCUGCAAAUUUUGUCCUAAAAGUUUUUAAUAAAUGUAAAUAGCUUGUUUCAGUAUUAGAGACUUUCUUGGCUUUGCUUGCAACCUGUCAUUCCUGUGUCAUUAUUAUUAUGGGAUUGUUUUCUCCCGACAGCCCCUGUGCAGUUGAAAGAGCUCAAUUUAUCAUCUACUAUCGCAGCACAUGACCUUAGCACUAAGCUGAAACAAGUGGAGGGCCUGUUGGAAAAAAAACACCAUGUAAGAAUCACUCUGAAAUCGGGACGAGGAAGACCCAUUGACGACCUGGUGAGGGAGAACUAAAACACUUGCUUGUAUCAGUAAGAUAUCAGGCAGUCAGAGUGGGUGAGUCGGCAUUUGUGUGCAGACUCUAGUACAGGAGGAACUAACAUUUGCAUUCUUUUUGUUUAUUCUUUUUUUUUUUUUACAUCAAUGCAAAAUAUAGCAAAAGUAUCUUCAAAUUUCAUGCCCACAAAUCUGGCAUGUAUUCUCGAAACAAGUCCUGUCAUAUUAAGAAAUUCUUUCUGUUUUUUUACAUUUCCUACAGGAGAAAAAUCUGGAGCAGAUCGUGCAACAAAUGGAGGUGUUGGUUGGAUUUGUCUCACAGCCAAAAGCCAUAAAAGACGGUAAGGCAGCCAUGUGCAUCUUGCGUCCACCUUCAGCAAAGGAACUCGCACAACAAAAGAAUAACAAAGCUUCUGCCUCGCAGUCUGGAGACUCAAGCUCGAAAACUACUCAAAGCAAAGCAACUCCUGUUACUGACACGGACACGAAAGAGGGAUCUACACAGCAGUGAACUGAUGGAAAUAAAACAUUUUCACAAAGACAAACUGAAUUCUGAAGUGUCACAGUGUGGUAGAAAUUUCUAACUAAAGUCCUACUAGUGAUGUAUUUUGGUUUGUCCUCUUGGGCUAUGCUGUCUGGAGGUUGCAUAGCUGCAUGCAGAGCAUUGCUUUUGUGGCCACUUCAAUCAAAAAUCUCAUGUUGGAACAUCUUUCAGUUUUAAAAAUGAACAUUUAAAGAUUAAAAAGUCCAGGCCAAAAGGUGUGUUAGUUAAAAAAAAAAAAGGAAUUGAAAAAAUCAUAAUUGAAACUGAAAGUUCAAGGUUUGAUUUUGAAUUUGAAAAAAUUAAAAACACUAUUCAAAAUAAAAAUAAAUGUAUGAAACUGUUGUUUAACUUACAUAUUGUUGUGAUUUAGCUCUGGAACUCUUUUGAUCAAACCAUUUAUAUUCAUCUUUCCCUCUUAAAUAUAUUUUUUAUAUUUAAAGUUUUAUUUUUUUUAGUUGUAGGUUUAAUGUUUUCAAAUAAGGAUCUUAUUUCCUCUCUUCAAUUCAUGUUUUCAGGUUUGAGAUUUUUUUUCACCUUCAAUACUUUUUCACUUCAUAAAAUAAGGCAUCAUAUUUUUUCAGAUUCAAACUUUUAUCUCUGUUCUGGUGUCAGGGGCAUGACAUUGACUGAGAAGGGCAUGGGACCAAUGGGCAAGACAAAAAAAAACAAAACAAAAGCACAACAAACAGUCAUUUCAUAAGACAUUUUCUCCUCUGUAGAAGUUUCAGUUACAGUGCUGAUGUAGAUAAAUAAUGAAUUGAGCAUCAUUAGAAAUAAAUGAUGACAUUGAAAUUAA